AUGGCCGCAUUCGCAUACAUUCUUAGAUUCAUUUGCAUAUCCAUGCUUCUAUGUCGUACCCAUGCGCUGGCGCUGCGGUCGCAAGACAUACUGGCACCACCUCCAGAAACACCACUCGUACUUGAUGCACCAGCCAGAUCACCGUCAAGGCAAUCGAAACUGUCCCCCUCGGAAUUGGCCCCCGAGUCCAGCGAAUCCAUCGGCCGCACGCUGCAAGAUUUGCUUCAUGCCUUGAAUGUAAUGCAGGACACCUACUUUGAACUAUGGCAAGGUACUUGGCCCUCUAGUAUCGAUUGGACUGCUGCCGUGAUCGGUACACAUCUCUCGGCCUCAGUCGCCUCAUUGUCUUCUUCCACGGAAGAUGUCUCGUCUAGUAUUUUCCCAGAUACCGAUGCCUCAACUGUCAAGCAUCGCUCUUUAUCCUUCGAGAACCUAAUCAACCACUUCUUUGACCAGACCGUAGCAUUCUAUUUUGGUGAAGAUGCCUUUGCAGUGAGAACUCAGGCCUAUGACGAUAUGCUGUGGGUUGUGCUGGGCUGGUUAGAAAACCUCAAUCUGCAGGUAUUGCACUCCGAUUUGCACUUUGACGGCCCUUCAGGGUCCAAUCUAACCAGGAACCACCACUGGCAUGGGGCUCAGUUCCGUACUCCGGCUGCCCAUAGAGCGAGGCUCUUCUAUGGACUUGCGUCCGGUGGAUGGGACAUCUCCCUCUGCGGAGGUGGAAUGAUUUGGAACCCGCGUCUAACGCCUUAUAAAAACGCCAUAACGAACGAACUGUAUAUAUCGGCUAGCAUUGCGAUGUAUCUCUAUUUCCCGGGUGAUGCGAUUGACUCACCCUUCGUACCAAACAGUGUUGACGAUCAAGUAUGGUCGGAUGGUUAUCCUCACCACCCCGCUCAUCUGCAGGCUGCGGUCGAGGGGUACAAAUGGCUCAAUGCCUCGAAUAUGACGGGGAUUGGGGGUCUUUAUGGGGAUGGUUUCCAUGUCAGUGGGUGGAAGAGCGCAGAAGAGCCCGGCACCCGCAACUGUGACGUCCUAAAUAAGAUGGUAUACACGUAUAAUCAAGGAGUGAUCCUCAGCGGGCUGAGGGGCCUCUGGCUGGCCACUGCUUCAUGGCAGUACUUAUACGAUGGGCAUGAACUUGUCCGCAGAGUUAUCAACGCUACAGGCUGGCACAAUAUGAAAAGUCAGGAGUGGGCCGGCCUCGGCCGUGGAGGCGUCUUGGAGGACGCAUGCGACUCUGGGGGCGGCUGUUCUCAAGAUGGACAAACAUUCAAGGGUAUAUUCUUCAAUCAUCUCACUGAAUUUUGUCGACCUAUCCGUCCACAAGAGGAACGCUUCCUGGCGAGUGCGAACCAGACGACGGGGUCGGGCAGCGACUGGGAGUACAUCCAUGAUUGGCAUCAGGCACAGUGCCGCAAAUAUCGGCCUUGGAUCGAACACAAUGCCGAGGCCGCUUUGAUGACUCGAGACAAGGACGGCAAGUUUGGCAUGUGGUGGGGCAGGCGAUACGGUGAAACUAAUCACGCUCUCAUCUACGAAAGCCUCUGCCCCCGGAUGCGAUUGACUACCGGAACUACGGCGCCCACGCACAAGGCUCUCAGCCACUUCAAGGGACAUCCCGUUCAUCCGGGGAUUCCAGAUUUGGAGUGGAGAGACCAAUAUACCCCGCAUAUGCACCCGGCCAGACACGUUCGACUGGCGAUGCAAUUGCUCUUGGGCUGCAUCAGACGGAUUAUAACGACCGAGGCCGCGGGAGGACUGUGGAGACGCAAUCUGGAGGUGUAG